AAAAAAUCCACUCAAGUUUUUAGGAGCAACAUUAAACAUGAUGGCGAAUCGUAUUUGCAAAAGGCAUCAACGGCCCCUUUAAAAUGUUGAUUGAUGAUUGAUGACGAACGUUGAUUGACAGAUGCGAUUGAACUUCGCUUUAGAACUUAUACAUAUUGAAAAAACAAACUCCAUAUUCACCACAUAUUUCCUUCUAUUGAUAAGGUAAUCCCUCUGCCAAGGUUGACCGCGAAACAUGUGAGUUAUUACUACACAAGCAAAUCCCACCGUGGUUAUGGAUCAAACGGGCUACUCGUAUAUAGUCCAUGUUUUCAGCAGCACAGAGCCAUUGUGCGAUGGAGCCUUCUAUUUAAACACUCAGUGACUAUACAGGUAUAGCACACAAGCAAAUCCCACCGUGGUUAUGGAACAAACAGACUACUCGUAUAUAGUCCAUGUUUUCAGCAGCACAGAGCCAUUGUGCGCUGGAGCCUUCUAGGUAUAGCAGGUAUAGCACUAACCUGUAUUCAAAUUCGAUUUCCUGGGCGAUAGUGUCCUGCCAAAGCCGCUACGUAUACUAUGGAUUCCUUCCAUUUCUCUGGGAACGUAUCCCGCCUAUUGGUAGACGGAUUGACAAUCACCAACACGAAAGAUCUGAUCAUAUUCUUGACCGGUCUCAUCAUCGCAGCAUUCUUCGUGGAAAGUCUUCAGCGUAUCAGUCGAGAAUGUUUCCGCAAAGUUCCUCGGCCAUCACAGCGAGACACACAGCUGAAAAGGCGUCGCUCAGACAGGAUCUUGCUGAAGGAGGCUGUGGAUGAGACCACGACCCCACAAGAGGAGAAAUCCUCUUGGCUUGAAAUGGGAGAGAGAAACGGACAUAUCCAAGCAGACAAGGAGGUUGAUCGGGAGACUAGUUGCUGUCAAGGGGAGUGUGAUGGUGUGUUGGAGAUUACAGAAGAGGACAAGGAGACAACAGCGCUGGUUGGUGACAAGGUAACAUGCUGCGAAGAUACAUGUUGCGAAGAUACACCUGAACUGACUGAGGAACAGAAAAUGGUGCGAGUAGAAAAGAUGUGGAAGAGCCUGUCACUGGAAGUGCUGAACGAUCGAUUGGAGAUAUAUCAAACGACUUGCGAGGAACGAAAUGAUGUGCGCAGGAACAUUACACGUUCUGACAGAGUGGCCUUCCAUAUUCUGCAGACAGUUCUCAACAUGAGCAAAAUAACAACCGGCUACCUAUUUAUGCUCAUUGUCAUGACGUACAACGCCUGGUUCCUUGUCUGUAUCGUUGGGGGCGCUGGUCUAGGCUACCUGCUCUUCUCGUCGGAUCUCGAGACAUUGUAUGCGGAUUACGCGGAGUGCUACGUCAUGCGUAAGGUUAAGGCGGCAGAAGAUGACGCCAAGCGAAAGAAGUGUUCAUCCGCCCCUUGCCGUUCUCCAUCAAAGAAAAAACACCAUGGACUAAAAACCCCGACUCAAAUUUAGAAAAUGAACAAGACUCGAUCACUUUAUCUCAAUCUUCCGACUUUCCUCCUUUUUUUUACGAAAUACAUGUGAUCGGUAUGAACAAUGGCUAGCGGAAAGUAUGUUUCUAAAGCACGGACAAAUCUUGGUAGGGACACCACAGAGCAGUUUAAUUUAUUCUUCGUUCAAGACGACAUUUUACAUAUAUUUCUUUUUGAAUGCGCGCGUUCCCCAUAGCAAAUGACCUGUCUUGUUGGAGCUCGCUUUACGGAAAUCUAAACCCCGUCUUGAAUCAAGAAUGGUUUGAAUAUCAUUCGCUUGAUUAUCUGGCAUUAAUAAGCCUCUGUACUGAUGACGUGACACUUUGUUUACACGUGCACUUUCCUAUGGAGCCAGUGGGGGCCCACGGUCUACUGAGCACCAUAGGAAAGCACACACGUAAACAAAGUGUGACGUCAUCAGAGGUUUAUAUAGUUUUGCAUACAUAAUGUAGAAAUUAAUUAUAUGUAGGCUUAAUGUAAAUUUUACUGGCGAGGGUCGGGAUACUGCAGUAAAUAAUUCGAUUUUUAUUAGUUGUAAGUUUUGCUUUGAAAUAAGCGUAAUGAGAUUAAUCAGGACAAAAUAGAUUAUCAUAUUGCGGAUGAGGAAUUUCAAUCAUUGGGGCGUCCUUCACUUUAAAUACUCAAGUUCAGCCAAGUUAUGUGAAAUGUGUACAUUUAAGAAACAUUAUUAUGCCUGAGGGGAGACUGCUUUGUGCCGCUUUUCAAAUUAUUAAUUGCUAUCUGUAAGCUAAAAGAUAACAUUGAUUCAGUUAUAUAUAUAUUUUGAAGAAAAAAAUGUAUGGCCUAUGACGCAUUAAUUUGGGCGUAAGACAUUUUAAGGGCAUUGUUUUAUAUUUGAACUUGUGUUUAUUGAAGAAAACAUAUUUUUGUAAUUUGUGUUUACUGUCAUGCACCUAUAUAGCUUUGUAAAUAAAACCUAUUUGCGCUUUC